UCAAAAUAACGCCAUAUUCAUGACCGCUGGAUGUCCAUGUCAACAUUCAUUUCGGAAAAUCGUGCCACUGUUUCCCUGUUUCUUGGAUCUUCUGGCCUUUGGCGAUGUUACUGGCAUUUUUAACUUUAAAAGCACUUCUACUUGCUUUCACAGAGAACCUCACAUCGAACUAUAACCUUCUUUACUCGUAACAAAGAUCUUUAAAUCUUAAGGGACUGAAUGAAAUCGCAGAAAUCACUUUGGCUGUCAAAUAUCAAGUCUUUCUGUGCCUUCUUAGUUUGUGCUGUUAUGACAUUUUUGUUUGUUUCAAAUAUUAUGACUGGAGGACUGGAUGAUGAAACACGGCUUUUGCUUCAUCAGAUUAUCCAGGGCAAUAUUACAAAAAGUAAGAAUAGAUCUUUCAGCGAGGAAAAGUCCCUGCGCCUCAUUUCUCAUAAUUUAUGGUGUGACUUUUUGAAGCCUCAUGUGAUGUGGGACGUCUCCGAAAGGAUUGAAGGUCUUGCAGAAGGCAUUAAAGAUUUUGACGUUGCACUCAUUCAGGAGGCUUACAUCUUGAAUACAGGAGUGGCUGUUGUCUCAAAAUGUGCAUCACUUCUGGUUAAAGCAAUGAAAAAGCGUGGAUUUCAUUACAGGACAUCAAUUGCAGAUUUUUCAGCGCCUUAUUUCGGACAAAGUGGUGGUAUUGUCAUAUUUAGUCGGAUCCAGCUCAUAAACACAUUUUCAACUCGUUACCGUCACUAUUCGGUUCCCCAAGUGGUAGACUUUAGGGGAUUUGUCAUAGGCGAGUUUUUAUUCCAACAUCAGCAUCUCUAUGUCAUCAAUACCCACUUAGAUCCUCAUGGAGUUGAUGCCAGAGUCUUACAAGCGAAGGAAAUCGCCGAGGCCGUCCAAAACUUCAGUACAGGCUCACACAUCGUUGUGGCUGGAGACUUCAAUAUUGACAAUCAUCAUGCCAGUACUAGUAACAGUAGUGAGGAGUAUAAAAAGCUCCUAGAAACCAUGCGCGUGGUUGGCCUACAGUCUGUAUUUCAAGUUAGAAUGGAAACUAGCAUCGAACACGGAAACUUUGAUGCAAUUUUCACCAGCUCCAAUGUCGCAGUAGUGAAGAAAGAAAUUAUAAAACUUAGGACGAAAAGAAACUCGUCGGUUUCUGAUCAUUUUGGACUUGCGGUGGAAUUAAAACUUUUAUGA